AUGCCGCGCACAAUGCAAACAGCACGGCGACCCGCCAACUAUGUCGCGACGCCCACCUCUACCGUCCAGACCGUCUCAUCUACAUCCGGCAGCAGACGGAAAAGCGGUGCGUCAGCCUCGGGCAAGGGGAUGGGGUGGACGAUGGAGCAGACCUAUGACUCUACGGGCGCAAGGAAGGAGAUCAUCGUCAUUGAGGACUCCAAUACUCCAGACCAUAUCCCGAGGAAAAGGACGCGGGCCAUGGCCGCGGCCGAGGCGGCUGCGGAAGAGGCGGACAAGCAGACCAGCAGCAAAGUCAAUGGAAGUGUCGCGAGCAGUGUAGCGGCUGGAGGGAGCGGGAAGAAGAGGAAAAUUGCCGAGAGCAGCGAGACAGCAGCCUCAAAGAAGGCAAAGGCAAAAGCAGCAACAUCGCAAUCCUCAUAUGCCGCUCCGGUUGUCCAGGCUAAGGCACCCGCUCCGGUCCAAGCACCUGCCGGAACCCAUCCACCAUGGGACGAUGCCGAGGGCCACUAUAUCGUCAAGCCCGACGAUGUGAUUGGUGGCAGAUACAAGAUCGUCCGACUACUUGGCCAAGGUACCUUCGGCAAGGUCGUCGAGGCCCGGCACAUUGAGUCCCGCCGCAAAGUAGCCAUCAAGAUCAUCCGCGCCGUGCAGAAAUACCGGGAUGCCAGCAAGAUCGAGAUCAGGGUAUUGGAGACCCUAAGAAAGCAUGAUGCGAGGAAUGACAACAAAUGUAUCCAUCUCGAAGAGUACUUUGACUUCCGGAGUCACCCCUGCCUGGUGUCCGAGCUGUACGGGAUGAGCGUCUUCGACUUUCUCAAGCAGAAUGGGUUCCAACCAUUCCCGGAGAAGCACAUCCAGGACUUUGCAAAGAGUCUGCUGAGGAGCGUGCAAUUCCUUCACCAAUUGAAGUUGGUUCACACAGAUCUCAAGCCGGAAAACAUUUUGCUGGUGGGGAAUGACGCGAUCCAAAUAGGUGACCGAACCAAGAAUGCCAAAACAAAGCGGAUACUGAGAAAUACCGACAUCCGGCUCAUCGACUUCGGUUCGGCGACCUUCGAGGACGAGUAUCACUCCUCGGUCGUAUCGACACGGCAUUACCGAGCACCUGAGAUCAUAUUGGGCAUGAACUGGUCCUAUCCCUGCGAUAUCUACUCGAUCGGCUGCAUCCUUGUCGAGUUCUUCACUGGUGAUGCGCUGUUCCAGACGCACGACAAUCUCGAACAUCUCGCCAUGAUGGAGGUGGUCAUGGGCAAGAUGUCAACAAGGAUGGUUGACAAGGGAAAGCAAAAGAAACCCGAGUUCUUCCGCGGGAACAAGGUCGACUACCCAAAUCCGAGCGUGUCGAAGUCCAGUCGGCGCUUCGUCAAAGGCUUGAAGAGUCUCAAGGACAUUAUUGCGCCAAAUUCGCAGCACAACAAGUUGUUCCUGGACCUUAUCGUGCGGAUGCUAGACUUUGACCCUGAAAUGCGCAUAACAGUCUCUCAAGCUCUGAAUCAUCCCUACAUCCGCGCUCACAUCCCCGACCCUGAGCCAUGA